UUGCUACCAUUAAAAUCAGACCCUUUUUGUCUCUCGAUUGCUGUCUCCCGACCAAACUCCGAUGUGUUCCGUUAUCAGCGACCUAAAGGCUGCCAUUCCAGCACCUGUCUUGCUAGGAAUCGGUGGAUAGUAUACGAUCAGAAAGCAGACAAGGACAUAGGAGGAGAGAGAGCUCUAGAGAGACAGCCAGGGAUAGGCACAGAGAGCUGUGAAGUAAUUGGAUUCAAUGGACGAAAUGCUGCUGUUGACAAGAAUUCUCUUGGUGGGCUUCAUCUGCGCUCUUUUAGUCUCCUCUGGGCUGACUUGUGGACCAGGCAGGGGCAUUGGAAAAAGGAGGCACCCCAAAAAGCUGACCCCGUUAGCCUAUAAGCAGUUUAUUCCCAAUGUGGCAGAGAAGACCCUAGGGGCCAGUGGAAGAUAUGAAGGGAAGAUCACAAGAAACUCCGAGAGAUUUAAAGAACUAACCCCAAAUUACAACCCUGACAUUAUUUUUAAGGAUGAAGAGAACACGGGAGCUGACAGACUGAUGACUCAGCGCUGCAAGGACAAGCUGAACGCCCUGGCGAUUUCGGUGAUGAACCAGUGGCCCGGGGUGAAGCUGCGGGUGACCGAGGGCUGGGACGAGGACGGCCACCACUCCGAGGAAUCGCUGCACUACGAGGGUCGCGCCGUGGACAUCACCACGUCGGAUCGGGACCGCAGCAAGUACGGGAUGCUGGCCCGCCUCGCUGUCGAGGCUGGCUUCGACUGGGUCUACUACGAGUCCAAGGCGCACAUCCACUGCUCCGUCAAAGCAGAAAACUCAGUGGCAGCCAAAUCAGGAGGCUGCUUCCCCGGUUCGGCCACAGUGCACCUGGAGCACGGUGGCACCAAGCUGGUGAAGGACCUGAGCCCUGGAGACCGCGUGCUGGCUGCUGACGCAGAUGGCCGGCUGCUCUACAGCGACUUCCUCACCUUCCUCGACCGGGAGGACGGCUCCCGAAAGCUCUUCUACGUCAUUGAGACGCGGCAGCCCCAAGCCCGGCUGCUGCUGACUGCAGCCCACCUGCUCUUCGUGGCCCCCCAGCACAACCAGUCGGAGGCCGCAGGGCUCACCGGCGGCCAGGCGCUCUUCGCCAGCAACGUGAAGCCUGGCCAACGCGUCUACGUGCUGGGCGAGGGCGGGCAGCAGCUGCAGCCGGCGUCCGUCCACAGCAUCUCGUUGCGGGAGGAGGCAUCGGGAGCCUAUGCCCCGCUCACCGCCCAAGGCACCAUCCUCAUCAACCGGGUGCUGGCCUCCUGCUACGCCGUCAUUGAGGAGCACAGUUGGGCCCAUUGGGCCUUCGCACCAUUCCGCUUGGCUCAGGGGCUGCUGGCCGCCCUCUGCCCAGAUGGGGCCAUCCCUACGGCCGCCACCACCACCACCGGCAUCCAUUGGUACUCACGGCUCCUCUACCGCAUCGGCAGCUGGGUGCUGGAUGGUGACGCGCUGCACCCGCUGGGCAUGGUGGCAUCGGCCAGCUGAGAGCGGCUGGAGAGGGACAGAAAUGGAGUGUGGAAGAGAGAGAGAGAGAGAAAAAU